CUUGUUUGCUCUUGUCGAUACCCAAGCUGUGCCUUGCUUGAGCACGGUGAAUCUCUAUUCACACCUGAUUCAUCCAAUCUCGCUCUUUCUGAAUACUCACUCUUCUCGUUAUCACCGAAUUGCCUCGACUCGAUCUUUGCGAACCACCAACCACCUUCGAACCCCCUUGACACAUUCCCUCUAUUCGCCACGUUCGUUCCCCUGUUUUACUAUAUCCACCACCGCAAUCUACCAAAAUGAACGUCAAUCGGAAAUUCGAUCGUUUCAAGCAAUGGGCUGGCGAGAGAAUGGGGGGUGAAGUCAAGACCAAUUUGUCAGAUGACUUCAAGGCCUUGGAAACGGAGAUGAACGUGCGCCACGAUGGUGUCGACCGCAUCCACAAGGCAACCGCCGCUUAUAUCAAGUCCAUCUCGAAGCGCAGCGAAGGCGAUGAUAAGGAGAAGACGCUGCCUAUCGCCCAUUUGGGUAGCAGCAUGGUUGGUCACGGCGAAGACUUUGAUGCAAACUCUGAGUAUGGACGUUCCAUGAUCAUGCUCGGUAGAGCGGAGGAGCGCUUGGCUCGCCUCCAGGAUGCCUAUAUUUCCCAGGUGAACGCAGGGCUGCUCGAGUCGCUCGAACACUCUUUAACCCAGUUGAAAGACUACCAGACGGCCCGCAAAAAGCUCGAUGGUCGCCGUCUGGCAUACGAUACAUCGCUUUCCAAGAUGGAGAAAGCGAAGAGGGAGGACUUCCGCGUGGAGGAGGAGUUGCGGACCCAGAAGGUCAAAUAUGAAGAGGCUAACGAUGACGUUUGCCGAAGAAUGCAGGAUAUCAAGGACUCGGAAGCCGAGGGCGUGAUCAAUCUGGAGGCGUUUUUGGAUGCUCAACUGAGCUACCACGCAAAAUGCCAGGAGGUGCUGCUCCAGCUCAAGAGCGAGUGGCCUGGCAGACAACCUCUUUCCCAGACUCCCAAUGGCCGUCGCCCAGGCCGCCCCCGCUCCAACACCGCACACUCUUUCGCCGAUCGCUACGAGCCGUUGCACGAGGAGGAUCAUAAUGGUGCGGAUGUCCGGCCGAUUAUCCGCUCCUCUCGAGCCACUUCGAUUGAGCCGACGGGUAGAGAGGUCUAUCCGCCUGAUGCUUACUCGAGCCGGCCCGUACUGAGCAGGACCUCAACGUUUGAGGGUCCUACGCAGUUGCGCCAGGAUUCCAAUUCCAGCCCGUAUCAGUGGCCGUCUCGGUCAGCCAGUGAGAACUAUAUUGGCCGCCGAAACAGCAGUCAAACCCGCCCUGCCGGUAGAGGAUAUGCUGAUCCGUACAUGGAUCCGUCUGAGGAUGACAGUCCACGCAGCGGCACUAGCCCAGACCGAUCUUACAUGGGACGCAACGAAUCGCCUGGGCCAUCCUAUGGCAGCGUGGUGACGAGAAGAUCCAGCUCGAACACCCUCAACAGCGCAUCUUUGCACAAGAAGGCCCCUCCACCUCCGCCCCCUCGCGCUAAGAAGCCCGCCCCUCCACCACCCCCUAUGAAGAGGGUGAUUCCGAUCGGAGGUGACGCGUAGGUGGCUGGACACACCUACGUUGCUGCAAUUAUAU